AUGACGAUGCUCGAAGAUGAACUGGAUUGCUUCUUCUCAGAAGAAGUCGCCAUGAAGAUAACCGCCUGGUUAGAAAUGAUCAUACACCUCAUGAUCAAAAUCAGGUCGGCUACCCAUCGAGCAUUCGGUGCGACUCGCCCGCAACCGGACUUGCGCCAACCAAGCGGCUCAGCCUCCAAGUUGUUCAACAUAGUCGAACUUCUCGAACAAGUGCUAGUCUAUCUAGACCUCUCCGACCUUAACCGCUUCAGGCGUGUCUGCCGGCUGUGGAACGAUGUGAUCCAAGCAUCGAGAGUGCUGCGCCAAAAGCGCUUUGUCGAGCCCGUGGAGAGAUCGGAAUGGAUGUUGCAACUCUUCUAUGGUACACUCAAAUUGAGAAUGGUCUCCCGCUUGCCGGACUGGUGGUUGUACUGCAAUGCCUUCGUGCCAUCGACACUUCAUCCAGCCCUGCAGAAUGUCGGGCAGCCGAUUGUAUAUUCGCUCAAUCCCGAGUCCCACAAAAUCCAUCUCUCUGGCUGGUUUACACUCGCCCCACGAUCAUUCGCCAGAUGGAUGUCGAAGAACCGUCUUCAAGGAGCACUUCUGUCCCAGCCACCAUGCAAGCGUCUUCGCUAUACUGUGCGCUGUUCACAUGAUAUAGAGGUCGAAGCGGAGCUCGAGUCCACAACAGGUCUGACGUUCCAGGACCUACUCGAUUUUGCGAGAGCACAAGCUCGUCCGAAUGAGCAUUGCAGAGCCAAUCACGGAUUACAGCCCGAAGAUAUAGCGAGCGUCGAAAUGUUAGACAUAACUCCAGCGGAUACUGCUUGGGUUGACAAGGCAAGGACACGUUCUGAGAAAGCAAGGCGGCAAGAAGAGAGAAAGCGAGCAUCCAGAGAGUAUCGUAGAGCACUCAAAGAGGGGACAGUGGUCGAUCAGCCGGACAUGUUUGACAUUUCUAGCCUUUUCACCUAG